GGCACCCUCCACACCACAACCAUGGCCUGCAACAGCCUCUGCCGUCCCUGCGGACCCACCCCGCUGGCCAACAGCUGCAACGAGCCCUGUGCCCUGCAAUGCCAGGAUUCCCGCGUCAUCAUCGACCCUUCCCCUGUGCUGGUCACCCUGCCAGGAUCCAUCAUGACCUCCUUCCCCCAGAACACCGCCGUCGGAUCCACCUCCUCGGCUGCCGUGGGCACUGAGCUCAGUGUGCAGGGACAGCCCAUCUCUGGUGGCUUUGGUGGCUUUGGGUAUGGCCUUGGCUAUGGCCGUGGAUUUGGCUACGGGCUGGGAGGCCUGGGCUGCUAUGGCAGAAGGGGCGGCUACAUCUGCUAA